AUGUCCCUGCCGUCAAGAGUCCUCCUCUCCAGCAGCCGUGCGCUCGCUGCGCGGAGCUUCCACACCUCCGCCCGACGAAUGGCCGACGCCGCGCCUCUGCCGGCCCGGAAACCCAUGGGAGCUUUCCGGGGAGGCCUCUUCGGCUUCCUUCUCGGCAGCUUCCUCUCCGGCAGCGCCGCCUACAGCUACCUCCUCAAGGAGUACAAGACGGCCAACGACCUCUUGACCGAGGACAUCUACACCCUCCAGGCCUCCGUCACCCGCCUCAGCAACUACGUCCAGGCCCUGGAGACAAAGACGCAGGGCAAGAAGUAA